CCCGGCUACUGAGCAGCGCGGAGCUCCGGCCGGCGGCGGCGGCGGGGGACGGCGGCGCGGGGGGCGGCGGCCCAGCUCUCCCUGCCCGCGCGGGCUCGGCCAUGGAGAUGAUGAAGCGCGUGGUGCUGGAGCUGAGGAACCGCGCGCCCGAGAAGGUGACAGAGUUAGUGCUUGACAACUGCCGAUCCAGCAAUGGCGAAAUUGAAGGUCUGAAUGACUCCUUUAAAGAGCUGGAGUUUCUCAGCAUGGCCAACGUAGAGCUGACAUCCCUGGCCAAGCUCCCCACCUUGAGUAAGCUCCGAAAGCUGGAAUUGAGCGACAACGUCAUUUCGGGAGGCCUAGAGGUCCUGGCAGAAAGAUGUCCAAAUCUCACAUAUCUAAAUCUAAGUGGCAACAAAAUCAAAGAUCUCAGCACUGUGGAAGCCCUUCAAAAUCUCAAAAACUUGAAGAGCCUGGACUUGUUCAACUGUGACGUCACAAACCUGGAGGAUUACAGGGAAAGCGUUUUUGAGCUGCUUCAACAGAUCACCUACCUAGAUGGGUUUGAUCAGGAAGAUAACGAGGCCCCUGACUCAGAAGACGAGGAUGACGAAGAAGGGGAUGAGGAGGAUGAAGAAGAUGAAGAUGAAGCUGGUCCGCCAGGAGAAUACGAAGAAGAUGAAGAUGAAGAUGAUGCGGGUUCAGAUUUGGGGGAGGGUGAAGAGGAGGAAGAAGUUGGUCUUUCAUACCUGAUGAAGGAGGAGAUCCAGGAUGAAGAUGAUGACGACGAUUACGUCGAAGAAGGUGGCGAUGAGGAGGAAGAAGCUGAGGGUGUCCGAGGGGAGAAGAGGAAACGAGAACCUGAAGAUGAAGGCGAAGAAGAGGAUGAUUAAUUUGUUACAGAAACAAAUAGGACCAGACUCUUAAGUUACAGAAUACGCAAUAGUGAUCAUGUACCAUAGAUGUCCCUACAGAAAAUAACAUGUUAACUUUUUAUAGGAAAGGUGUGGUUUUACUAUUCUUGCCCUUUUUAUCAUUCCGAAUAUUAUGUAAUAACCUUGUUAGUGAAAUAUGUAGAAAACAAUUUUCAACCCUAUAAUCACUGAAUUCAUUGUCAAGUUUUUCCCUAGAAUUUUUUUUUGAAUUUUUGUUUUAUACAAGCUUGCUGUGUUGGUCAUUAUUAACCCACAAUUAAGACGAGAAGUGUUUUACAUGGGUUUAGUAUGGUGGAUUUUAUUCAGUAUUUUAAAACUAUACGUAAGCUGAAAUCAAAGAUACUUUAUGAUAAAAAUCAAGUCUCUAUGAAAUGAGAAGUAGUUCUAUCCAACUGAGCUUGACCAUGAGUUCAGCCUGAGAUCAGUACAUUGACUACACCUUAUUUUAACUUGUUAAAUUGUGACUUUUUUUUUAAGAGGGUCUUGUACUACUUUUUUUUUCUGUUUUAUGACUUACAAGGAAACCUAAACAAGUUUUAAGAACUAUUUUCCCCUAGCUUCUUCAGAAGUUUGCAUGUUUGCUUGAGGACUUGCUGGAUGUCUGAGGAUGUAUUUUAUUAAUUCUCACUUCUGAUGAAGUGGUAAAAUCCUUAAGUCUAUUUCUUCCCUCCUCCCUCACCCCCAAAAUGGGGACUCGUAUUUUAAUAGCUAUUCAGAAGAGCCAAUAACCCAAAGUUUUAAACUGUCUGACUAAAAAUAUCUUUUCCUCUAAACUGUUUUCACUUGGCUCUGUGAUCUCAUGAAUUUUCCAACUGUACAGGUUUCCCUCGCUUUAUGCUCUACAUGUGUUCCUGGAAAAUGGCACAUAAAUCAAAUUCACAUAAAGGGAACCCACUUUACAAUGUAACGAAUAGGGAUUCAUUCCAAGACCUCAACUGGACUGACCCCCAGACACAUUUCUACCACUUUUACAAGACAAUUUUGGUACCCAACAGCAGACGGUACACACAAGCACAGGGCAGUAUCAUAAUGGGGAUGGCAACUACAGAAAUACGUGUUGCAGACAACGAGCGAGGAGCACAGAUCCGCACAGGAGACUAUAUUUUGGUGCUUGUCACUCCCACAAUACACUGCACAAAACAGCUGGCUACCGGCGUCCACCAUGCAGCUCACAUAAGAGUGAAAUUACCUCGCAUAUAACAAAUUUUUGGUAUAAAAAGGGUCAUCGCAUAAGAGCGAAUUCGCACAUACAGAACCCACAUAAAGCUGGGGGGAAACCUGUAGUUGGAAAAUAUCUUUGGGCUAUAUAGGGCCUGCAUUUUUAGUGUAAAAAGCAAUGGGUAACUCCAUCUAGCACCCCUUUUUCAAUUAAAAAUCUUCAAAGCCCUCAACACCAUAAAAAGUUAAGUGAUAGCAUAAGCCCAAUGUUUUCAAGUUACUUCUUAACCAUUCAUAUUUAAAUUGUACUUUAUCAUUUUACCUAUGUGUUCAGCAGUAAGUUGCUUUGAAGAUGAACUAAGAACCUGCAGAAACUUUUUCUGCUAAACACAGCUGGCUGCAAGGGCAGGAGAUGUGCAGACUACUGCUCCUGGGUAGACCACUUGACCAACGCCUCUUACUGAAUUCUGGUGGGUGGAUGCACACGCACCUCCUUUAAGUCAGAAUCUGGAUUUCGAAGCGUACUCUUAUUGCAACUCCUUUGUUUCAAAUAGAUACUGAACCAAAUAUCAUACACAGCUUUAUUAAAGAGACAUUUUUGUAUGUUGUCUAAAAAUAAAAUAACUGUCAUUAAACUGGGAAAGGAUAGUAGGGGGAUUUUCUGGAUUUUGAUAGUAAUGUCACGUAUGAAUAUUUUAACGAGGCAUUUCAUGCUCCAACUGACUGUAAUUUGUGAGUUAUGACUCAAAAUUUAAAACGCUGCAGGGUUGAGAAGGUCUGAAAAGCCCAAUUUCUUAUGUAGGUUUCUUUUUUUUUUCCUAACUAGAGCCUUAAAAAAAAACAAACAAAAAAAAAAAACUAUAGUUUUCCAUGCAUCUGUAAAGCACUGCCAACUUUUAACGAUAGCUGAGUUAAAAGUGUUAGGUGCGGUUGGUAAAGAUUUAGAAAUAAAUAGAUUGAAUGGCUUUUAAAUUAUAAAGCAGGGUGUCUCUAAAGACCCUGGAAACUACAUUUGCAAUUGCAGCCUAGUUCCCACGUUUACAUUUUGAAUCCUGAAUGGACUAGUGAACCCCCGUCUCGUCUUGGAGGCUCUGUGUUCAAGGUGGUUUUUCUACACUCAUCUCAGUUUGCUUUGAUCAUUUUAUUGUUUGCUUUUUUUGUCUCGGUAAGUAAGAGAGCCUAUUAUUUACAGACCUGUAUUUCAAAGGUGCUUCUCAAUAUAAGGUUUACGCUAUAACAUCUUGUAUUGAGGGCUCUUAGAAUUGUUCUUAAAUAGAAAGGGAUUUUUAAGUGAAAUUAUUGUGUUUCAGUGAAAGUGACUGAAGUUAACGGGAGUUUUUGUGUAGUAAAGGAGUCUGCCUUUAAAUCAUGGUAACAUUUCAUUACAUUUAACUAAAAUAUUGACAGAAUGGGAUCAAAUCAAGCUUUGGAGAGGUUAGCAGAGCAUUUAGGGGGGCUUCUCUCCCCUGAACAAUUUAGCGUAGUGAUCAGUCACUGCUCACCAGAGUCUGAGCCUCAUAUCCAACUACAUUUAAGAAAGCGUGUUGUUUUUGCAAAAUGUUAAUAUCUCACUGAAGUUUUGUGCGUCAGCCAGUUUGACAUGCAAUCAAUAUAAUACAGCUUUUUGGGGUUUUGUUUUUGUUUGUGUUUUUUUCUCUUUUUUUUCUUUUUUAAAAAAGAAAGGUGUAAUACAAAGAGCCUCUGAAACUUUUGAAACUUUUUUCUUUUUUUUGGCUUGGUGGGUGGUCUUUUCAUGCAAACUAUGUAAGGGCGGGUUUUAUAUUUUGUAGAAGUUUUUGUCCUAUUUUAAAUGCUCUUUGUAUGGCAGUAUGUAUAUAGUGCGUUCAGUCCCUUAUCAAACUUUCUCCUUAAACUUUGAAGUAAUUGAUUUUGUGCAACUGUGUUUUGAAUAAAGCCAUGACAGUGUUAAAUAAAUAAAGCAAAAACCUGCAGCACUCUUCUGAUAAUUUUUAGUUGUAAUAAAAAAAAUGUUUUCCCCAUGUGUGCUGUAAAUUUUAAAUUAAAAUUUUUCAAACUGAAUUAUUUCAAAUAAAUUGAGAAUCUCUUGUUGUAUUGAA